AUGGACGUAUAUGUUCAGAUCACGGGUCUGGACUCAGGAAAAACGCGCAGAGUCAAGGCGCUGCUCGAUUGUGGCUGCAGUACCUGCUGCAUCGAUACCGACUACGCGCGGGCAGAGAAGCUGGAUAUCCAAGAGCUUCCGCAACCCAUUGUGGCUCGUAACGCCGACAACACCGAGAACAUCAGCGGUCGGAUCACGCAUUACGUUGAGCUAAGGAUGAAAAUCGGUCCUCAUGUGGAGACACGCACGUUCCUUCUGACGUGCCUAGGGAAGGCCCGGAUCUUCAUUGGUCUUGAUUGGCUGAUGGAACACAACCCGGAGGUGGAUUGGCAGGAGCAGACGAUGAGAUUCAGCCGAUGCCCAGAACUGUGUCACAUGAGGGGUCACAAGGAACACCAAGCAAUGAUUGACAUGGAUGCAAUCGACCUGGACACGGGCACACCGGAUCUGGAAGAGGGAGAAUCGAUCCUGUUGGUCGAUUUUGGGAAGGAAGUGGAUCUGCGGCUGAAGGAAACGCCGGCGCAGAAAUUCGCAGAAGAAGCGGAAAAAGAGAAGGAGAGGAUGACCGAAGGGAAGAUUCCGGAUCAAUACCGGGAAUUCGUCAAAGUAUUUGCCAAGGAAUCAUUCGACUCACUACCGGACCGACGAACCUGGGACCACGCAAUCGAACUCAAACCAGGAUCCAAAGCAGUGGACUGCAAGGUUUACCCGCUAUCACGAAACGAACAGGUCAAACUCGACGAGUUCUUACAAGAGAAUCUAGCCAGCGGACGGAUCAGGCCAUCAAAAUCACCCAUGGCAUCAGCAUUCUUCUUUGUCAAGAAAAAGGAUGGCUCCCUACGCCCCGUCCAAGAUUAUCGAAAGCUGAAUGAGAUGACAAUCCGGAAUCGAUACCCGCUGCCGCUGAUCUCCGAAUUGGUCCAUAAUCUAUGCGGCGCCAAGUUCUUCACAAAACUUGACAUCCGGUGGGGAUACAACAACGUACGGUGA